AUGAGCAUAAACGCCGAAACUAGAUUUUAUCUCUCCAACAGCAUCAUGACAUUGGAGGAAUCCAAAAAGUUAGACGACGACCGUGAGUUCAUAAACCAUACACUCAUGAUUGGCUGCUGUACCCAAGAUGAGCUGUACAAACAUAUUGAAUUCGAAUUAGACAUAUUUCAUAAAUGUCUUGUGAUAAUAACAAGAGAAAACUGGAACGAUCAACAUACAAAAUUAUUUCUCUUGAUGUUGUUUGAUCGCAUUAACAAUUUGUUUGCCCACAUGUUUUAUCUGUUCCCCAUCGAUGAUAAGCAUGCCCUGAAGUACGUACAGUUUUGCUCAAAUCAUGUGAGUAUAAGUUAA